AUGGCAGCAGCAACUCAAAGACUGGCAACUCUGUGGAGGCGAGGGGCCCCUUGGGGGCCCCUGCAAACCUCCUUGGGGCCCCUCUUGGCUCCGUCAGCAGCAGCAGCAGCAGCAGCAGCAGCAGCAGCAGCAGCAGCAACAGCAGCAGCAGCAGCAGCUCGGCAGCUGCCAUGCGGGGGCCUUUUGCUGCGGCCCCGCCGCCCCCCGCUUGGCCCCGCCUUCCCCGGUGUUCAGAACUUCGCAGCGCUGCUGCACACGCAGCAUUCGCAGCAGCAGCAGCAGCAGCAGCAGCAAAAAGAACUCCAGCAGCAGCAGCAGCAGCAGCAGCAGCAGCAGCAGCAGACGCGGAAGCCGCCGUUCUCUGUGUGCAUUGUUGGCGCGGGCCCCAGCGGGCUUUACUGCGCAAAGAUGCUGCUGCGACUCGCCGGGAGCCCGCAGCAGCAGCAGCAGCCGCAGCAGCAGCAGCAGCAGCAGCAGCAGCCGCAGCAGCAGCAGCAGCAGCAGCAGCAGCAGCAGCAGCAGCUGGAAAUAGUGGUUGUGGACUUGCUGCCAACUCCCUUCGGCCUCGUCCGCUACGGAGUUGCUGCAGAUAAACCCGAAGUCAAAGUUGUGGCCAACGAGCUGCAGGCAAUUCUCCAGUCCCCAGGCGUCAGCUUCCGAGGAAAUGUCCGCCUGGUCAGUUUGGGGCUUUCCGUUUGGGGCUGCAUGCGCGCAGUUGCUGCUGCUGCUGCCGUGCUGCUGCUGCUGCUGUGCUGCUGCUGCUGCCGUGCUGCUGCUGCUGCCGUGCUGCUGCUGCUGCCGUGCUGCUGCUGCUGCCGUGCUGCUGCUGCUGCUGUGCUGCUGCUGCUGCCGUGCUGCUACUGCUGCCGUGCUGGUGCUGCUGCAGCUGUAGUGCUGUUGCUGCUGUUUCCGUGCUGCUGCUGCUGUUUCCGUGCUGCGGCUGCUGUUUCCGUGCUGCUGCUGUGA